CGAAAUGGAGCUAUCUAUUCGGUUGUAAAAGCAUGAACAUCUGGCGCGCCAUGAGACCACCGCCCACUAGCCACUUCCUGCACGAGAAGUGAAAAAUGGAAUUAAUGUUUAUAGUAGCAACAAAAUGGCGUACGUUGUACUGUGAUCAUAACGUGCAGUAGACCAUACUACUAGGUUAUGUGUCUGAUAUUUCGAUGGAGGAUUCUGUUUCAAUGACAGGACUGCCGCUUUUGAGAGUUUGAUGUUUUCAGCUGAGCUGGGCAGAAAAUUGUGAUACUUAUUCUUCAAUUUCCUUGGAACUGACGACGACUGCAACAGAUUUAAUGGAUAAUGAUAAUCCUAUUGCUAAGCUCCAGAUGGAGCAGCUGUACAACCAGUAUGUGCAGGAACAGAUGGAUCUCAACAUCCCAUCCACAGAUAUUGCUUCGUUUGGCUACUUUUGCUCCCACUUAGCUCCAACCUGGAGGCCAGGUCAGUAUAAGAGACGCCAGCAGCCCGAGAAUGUUCCAGAAGGCCAUGGACCAUCAGUUUCCCUCCCACAACUCCGUGAUCAAGAUGGUGGGGAGUCUCCCGCUAACAGAGAAUUGUCGAUGGCGUCCGAGUCGAGUUUUCUCCAGUCCUCCAGGAUAAAAAGUGAGGCUGAUGCAGCUGUGAUUAUACAAAGAGUGUGGAGGAGACACAUUGAUAUGCAAGUGUACAAGUACUACAGAGAUCUGAUCAAUUUCAAGACACGAGGAAACCCUGGUGUGAUGCUGAGGUGCAUUAACCCAAAUGAGGCCAAACUGCUGGAUGCGGCUGCUGGCAUCAACAUCAGGUUCAGACUUGCAGGGGCAAGAUUUCCCCCGAAUAUCUACUACAAAAUAUUCACAAAUAGACCAGUGCAGGACAUGUGUGCCAACAGCCCAAAAGAUUACACAAAGUCUGAAUCAAAACGUCUGACAGUGAAGGACACUCACAGUAAUGUUAGAGUGAAGGAUGUUCCAAAUGAUGAUCAGGACGGCUGGUACAAGAGAGUAGAAAACAACGGCUGGCGUCUAGUGUCCGACCGACUCAUACAUCACAUCAUGAACGACCCCAUCACCUGGGAGACGUCCAACAAAGAGUAUAAAUUUGACCACAAUCGGUAUCAGAGGCGUCAAGAUGUGGAGAGGAGGAAGAAGCAGAAAAAAAUUGAAUGGAUGCAGAAAAUGUAUAAAGAGGGGAUGUUGCGGGCCAAGGCAGAUGAUAGAGAAACUAUUCAGCUGAUAGAGGGCGCUGCAGCGGGUAUGGUCGCCACCGUGGAGGCUGCGGGGCCUGAGGCGCUGGAGGACUGGGAGGUGGAUGAGUUGCUAGACUGGACCACGAGUCUAAAUUUUGAGGAAUACAGAAAUACAUGGUCUGAUUUAGCAACAAGUGCAACGUCGCAGAAAUUUGUUGAAGACAAACUAAGACUUACAACCAACUUCUCCGACCCUUAUGAGAUGAGUCUUUCAACUGGGCCUUCAAGGUAUACGUCAGGGCGCCAGUCACACAUGACACCCGUUACUAUAAAUAGCGCCGACUCCGGUAAAGCUGCCCUGAAAGCUUGAGACCUUGAUUGGUUUUACAGAAGUUUUCUUUUUGCUUUUCUCCUCUGUCCAAGUAUGGACUAUGGACCAACUGACCCAGAUUUACGUGUGUGCCCCAGGAUAUGAACAUGCUCAAUUCUGUUAUUGCCUUUGGGAUUUUUGGGAGUUAUUUUGAACCGAAAGGUCACUGGAUGGAGAAAAGUACAUGGUCCCUUAACUUUGUGCCUUUAUGAUUGACUGUCAUAAAUGUUUUAGUCCCCCACCCCAACCUCUACAACCACUCAAUGGACACAAUUAAGAUAACAUAGGAGAGGGGGCUUUGUUGAUCCUGGCAGUCAGAGCUGAACAGGAUAAUAAUAUCCUUUUAGAAAGACUUGAGAUACUCAAUGAGACUGGAUGAGAUGGACUCUUCCACUCAUGAAUCAAGCUCUCAUCUUUUACCCCAGGCAAUGGAGAGCCUGAUACCUACAGUGCUGAAGCUAGUAUUGUGGUUUUAAUGUAACGAAAGAAAAAGUCAUACCAAUCCAAAUUUUGGCUGUGCAUGUUGAUGAAGCAAUCUGUGCAGAUAUUCUCAAAACAUCAAGAAAUGAUUCAGAUAAAUGUGAAAUAAGGGUGUCAGUAUAUCAUGCUUACAGUUGCAAUAGUCCUGACCAUAUGGAGAAAAAAUUAAAUUGUGAGACAUAGUGAAAUCAGGCACUCGUCAAAAUAAUGAAAUCGAAUAAACUUGCGUUUUCCCACACAUUUGGCAAUUUUUCUCAAUUUUUUUGUCUUUUGGCUUAACUCCUUUUAUCUCUAUUUAAAACACA